ACAUUUAUCGUCAGAUGCUGAUGUUAUGGUCUUAAUAUUUUCUUCACAUAUUAGCUCUUUGGUCGAUAUUCAGAGUCGUUGCUUAUUUUUAAGACCGUCUUAAGUGCAUUUGCUAUCCCUGUCUAUCCCAUCCUUCCAGUCUCUGUUUCAUAUACCUCAAAUGAAUUUGGGGUUGCUCGUGGCGCCAUCUAGCGUUCACGACUGCGAAGCCUGUGUGCAAGCCCGAGCUCGAUCAUCAGUUUCCGUGACUGUUGCAGACUUGUUUGGACUUGUGCUUGUUGUGACUGUUGUUGGUCGUCGGCACGUCCGAAUCGAAUCGUACGAGAUGGGGAAAGGAUUCAAUAAUUACAUGUGCAAAAAGUUUUUCCAUCCGGCUUCUCGCGACAAUUUGAAACGAGUAUGGAUGGCCGAACAGCAAGCGGAGGCUUAUAAGAAGAAGCAAGAAGAAUUACGCGUACAGUACGAGAAGGAACAAGAUCUGCACAAUAACAAAGCUUUGUUGAGUAAAGAGAGCAAGGACAAGCUCAGCGUGAAUUUUAUGUACGAACCACCACCUGGCGCGAAGAAAGAAAGAGAAAAAGAGGACAAUGAACCAGAAUAUAAAUUCGAAUGGCAACGCAAGUAUAAUGCACCGAGAGAAAGUUACUGUAAAGGAGAUAGCGAGAUAAGAGAUCAGCCGUUUGGUAUCCAAGUGCGUAAUGUCCGAUGCAUCAAAUGUCAUAAAUGGGGCCAUAUAAAUACAGAUAAGGAAUGUCCCUUGUACAGUCAAGCUAUGAGCGUGGUACUCGCGAAUGGUUCGCAGACCCCUUGUACGCCGGAUGCUUUAACGCUGGUUCGACAGAUGAGAGAAGACGGAUUGGCUCUUAAAAAAUCCGCGCUCAGUGCUCAACAGCAUCUCAGAGUUCCAGAGCACGAACAUCUCAUGGUAUCCGAUGACGAGGAACAAUCUGAAAUGAAGUACUUAAAAGCUCUCUCUAAACGGGAUAAGGUGAAAUUGUUGAAGAAACUGGAACGACUCGAGAGAAGGGCCAAAAAGAUGACGACGAAGAAGAAGAAGGAGAAGAAGAAACUGAAAAAGAAGCGAGUUCAACAUAAGAGGAAUGAUGGUGCUCUCAGCGAUGAUAGUUGCAGUAUUAGUAGCGGUAGCAGCAGCAGCAGCAGCAGCAGCAGCAGCAGCAGUAGUAGUAGUAGCAGCAGCAGCAGCAGCAGUAGUAGCAGCAGUGGCAGUGACAGCGACAGCGAUACUAGCAGCGAUGAUUCGAGUCCUAGCGGACAUCGUAGAAGGAUAAACGGCGUUGAUAAAGUUUCGAGUAAUGCCUCGUGCAAAUCGAGAUCUGAUAAAAGGCGACGGAAAGGAGAGAAACCGUGUUCCGACUCGAAGCAUGAUUUUACGUAUCGUCGUCCAAGGAUGAACAAGACAAAGACCGAUUAUGAAAAGACAGAAAGUGCGUUUAAAAGUAAAUCGAAAGGCCAGAGACCUCAUCGCGAAGAUAGAGAAACGCGGAAUAGAGUCAAAGGUUCGGACUGCCACGCAAAGAGAAAACGAUCCGCGGCAUACGACGAGGAUAAAGUUGAUAGUCGUCGAUACGGAAAGAAAUCGAAAAGAUGAACGCGAGAAAAAUACAAAUCUGUCGCUUCGUUGCGGGACGAAUGUGGUUCGCGACUAGCGAUUUCGAAGAAACGAAAGAUACGUAUAUCUUAUCUUCCAGGAUAUCUGUUUCUUGUUUGUAAAAUUUCGCUGUUACGAUUAUUCGAAUCUAAUGUUAAUUAUUAUGAUGUGUACUACACGUGCGCGUUUCAUGCUCGUUGAACUGUCGGCGCAUGCAUCAAUUGUGCACGAUGAGGGACUACGGCCAGCCAGGGCAGUUUGAGUUAGCCCCUGUCUGUACGCCUGUCGUAAAAAUAAUGAUGUGAUGCGAUGAAAUCGAGUUGACGUUUCUCGAAUUCGAAUCGAAUCAUGACUAAUCGCGUGUAUUUAUCGUCGUUCUUUUGGCACAUUAUACGAGAAACACGUGUAAAUAAAAUGAAUGAGACUACAAUGAAAAUCCUGUUAUAAAUUUUUUCGUAUAUUUCGAUGUAUCGUCGUUUGAUUUUCGAGUCUCUUCUUUUGUCUAAGAGCAAAA